AUGGAAGAUGGGCUAAUUACAGCUAAUCAUGGAAUAGGAGUUAAACUUGAAAAAGGAGAAAUAUUGGACGAAAAUAUGUCAACAGAAAAUGUGUUGAUUAAACAAGAACUAAUUGAAAUCGAUGAAAAACCAUUUUUACUUUUUUUGAUUAAAGAGGAAUCAUUCGAAGAAAUUGACACAAUAGAACAUCCGAUAGAUACAACUGAAAUAAUUAAAUUGGAACAUUCUGCUUCAAGAUUUCAAGAAAAGAAACCAUAUUCUUGUAAUUUUUGUGACAAAAGAUUUAAAAAUCGAAGAAAUUUAGUUGUGCAUCAUCGAGUUCAUACCGGUGAAAAACCAUUUUCGUGUAAAUAUUGUGAUAAAAAAUUUAAUCAGUAUAACAAUUUAGUUGAUCAUAUACGGACUCAUACAGGUGAAAAACCAUUUUCUUGUAAAAUUUGUGAAAAAAAGUUUAGUUGGCAAAGUAGUUUGAUUAUUCAUAAUCGAAUUCACACGGGAGAAAGGCCUUUCUCGUGUAAGGUUUGUGAUAAAACUUUUACGCAACAGAGUAGUUUGAAAACACAUCAUAAAAAAAUUCAUACCGGGGAAAAACGUUUUUCAUGUGAAAUUAUUGCAGAAGAAAAUGUACAAAUUAAAGAAGAAAAUGAAACCGAUAAAUUAGAAGAUUCUGCUUCAAGAAUUCAAGAAAAUAAACCAUUUUCAUGUGAUUUUUGUGACAAAAAAUUUAGUUUGAAAUGUGUUUUAAUUGCCCAUAAUCGAACUCAUUCGGGAGAAAAACCAUUUUCAUGUGAAGUUUGUGAUAAAAAAUUUACUCAACAAACUAAUUUAAAUCGACAUAAAGUAGUUCAUACUGGUGAAAAACCAUUUUCAUGUGAAAUUUGUGAUAAAAAAUUUAGUCUGAAAAGUAUUUUAAUUGCCCACAAUCGAACUCAUACGCGAGAAAAACCAUUUUCAUGUGACGUUUGUGAUAAAAGAUGUCAAAAUCGAAGAGAUCUAGUCGUUCAUCAACAAAGUCAUACUGGUGAAAAACCUUUUUCAUGUAGUAUUUGUGAUAAAAAAUUUAGCCUGAAAAGUUUUUUAAUUACCCACAAUCGAACUCAUACGGGAGACAAACCAUUUUCAUGUGAAAUUUGUGAUAAAAAAUUCACUCAACUUAGCACGUUAAAAACACAUAAAGCAAUUCAUAUUGGAAAAAAAACAUUUUCAUGUGAAAUUUGUGAUAAAAAAUUUAAUCAAAAAACUAAUUUAUAUAGACAUAAAAUGGUUCAUACUGCUAAUUAAUUUAUUUAUUUAUUUAUUUCUGUUAGAAAUAAUAAACUCAAUCAUUACUCGCUCAUUCGCUCACUCGCUCGCUCUGCACAGUGUGUACAAUGUGCUCAGUGUAUUUGUGUGCACUGUUGUGUAAACUUUAGAAAGCACCCUUAUACAAUAAGUGUGUAUGGUGCUUUCUAACCCUUAUACAAUAAGUGUGUAUGAAUGAUAA